UGUGAAAGUGGUGUUCGAGAUAAACUACAACACUUGGAUGGACUGGACACAGGUCGCCUCGUAGACCAUGCGUUUCCACAACGUUCAUGGCGGCAACGUACUUCUCGACGAAGGCGGCAAGCGGGCCACUCGGACUACGUCAUUCUGUGACGGCUUGGCUUUCAGCUCCAAACCUCUGGCCGUUGGAUCAAAGGUCACGCUACUUCUGGGUGCAAACGAGACAUGGACCGGUGCCCUGCGACUGGGCGUCAUGCUACAGGACCCAACUACGCUCGGGCCCGUACCCAAGCACGCCUAUCCGGAUCUUACUGCUCGACAAGGGUUCUGGGUUAGAUCUCUGCCAGAAUGCUGGGCCACGCACGGGUCAAAGUUGACAUUUUACGUAAACACACAGGGUUACCUUCAACUAUUUGUUGACAACGAGUACAAAGGAGCACUUCUUUCGUGUCUACCAACCAAGGAGCGGCUCUGGCUUAUACUAGACCUAUUCGGCACAAGCAUCUCUGCCAAAUUCGUACCCUCUGCUAGUACAGCUCCUGCUGAGGUGAUUGCAAGAGGCCCGGAUGCCGUGCGUGCGUACAGGACAGCCUGUAACGAUGGCAGCGUGCCUCUGUAUAGGACGCGACUGUACAUCAUUGGUUGUCCUGGUGCUGGGAAGACAACUUUAAAACGGACGCUGCUCAAUGACCUCAACGGGGAAGACACCAGCCUACCUCACUGGGGCAUCGAUGCCGUCCAUGACUGCAGGACGUCAGAAAAAGGCGAUGGAGCGCCUUGGACUCCCAUUGCUCCUGAAUCCUUGCAGGAGAUCCCUGACAGGGAGUACGAAGACACUGCACAAAUUAUGGAAGAGGUGUCUCACGUCAGUGAGGAAGAGUACCACAAAGCUGUGGCCAUCAAUGUCGUCCGGGAAAUGACGCUCCAGCAGCGUAAACGGCAGCACCAGGAAGAAAAAAAGAGGUUAGCACAGUCAAGGGGGUCUGUAAAGAGUCAAGGGCUUCGCAACAGGAACCACGCCAACGACACCAGGACAAGCAGCGGAAAUCGAAGUCAGCACGCCAACACUUCCAAGAGCAAUGGAUCUCAGCACAAAGACUUCAUGGAAGGCAUUCCUCAAGACCUUCCAUACGGCGUUGUUGAAAUGGUCGAGAAGAUGCUUCGGGACACCGAGAAUAAGCAGGACCUAGAUGUCAGAGAAACUGAGAAAGCUGUUCCGCUUACUUGUUCUGCAUCGCCCAAUGCCCAGAUGACGUUCAUGAUUUGGGAUUUUGAUGGUUCGCCCCAACACUUCAUGAUUCAUCAGAACUUUUUCUCUCCUCAAGGAAUUUACCUUCUCGUUUACGACCUUAGCAAAGACCUGUCGGAACCCCUCAAGUUAUCCGAAGACACUGACACCAUGGAGCACAACGAAUGCUUGUCUACCCUGGACUACAUUCAUCAAUGGCUGACAUUGGUACACGUGUCCGCCUCGCGUCUGCAGCAAGAUCAUGCCGUCGAAACCAAGGAUGAUCCUGAUACCGACGUCUCCCAGCUUCUCCCAAGUGUCAUCCUUGUGGGGACCCACAGGGACGACCUGGAUGACGACGUUAAACGUCGCAAUGACGCUAUUUCGGAGAAAUUCAGCAAAAUCCGAGAGAGCCUCCAUAACAAGUUGUACGGACGUCACGUGCUCCCGAUGUAUUUUUCCGUGGACUGCAAUAGCAGGACGGCUCAAAGUGGACGAGCAGGAGCAGACGACAAUAAGGGCAGCGAAACAGUAGACGAUGUCCUGGAAGCUCUCCGACGGAAGGUCGAACGCGUCGCAUCUCGCAUGGACAGCGUCGGUACAGACGUCCCUGUCCGAUGGCUGGCCUUCGAACGUGCCUUACGCAGGUUACUGGACAAUGGAGUGUACUUUGCUGGACUCUAUCAACUGGAAGAGCUAGCACGCCAGGAGCGUAUAGACUCCGAAGAGAACUUCAGGUCUUUGCUGGACUUUUUGCAUCAACAGGGUAAAGUGUUGUGUAUCGGUGCCUUGCAGCCUGGGUGUCUUGAGAACCGCUGGGAUGGUACUGUGGUGCUUCGACCGCAAUGGUACAUUGACUCCCUCUACAGGCUGCUCUCGUGGAGGACAUUACAGAAGGUACACAAUACUGGUGCUUCAACGGUGGACAUCGACCACAAGCCUCUCAGUGAAUACCACAUCAGCUACAGGCAGCUUCAGACGCUGUGGAGCGGGUCACCUGCACAAGUUGAAAUGCUCAUCGCUACCAUGGACAGUUUAGAUGUCCUCAUAGCACACUUCGACGGAACUCCAAUCGAGGCCAACGACGAUGCCAUCUGCGCUGUUCCCUGGCUUGCCACGUCUCCCCGAGUCAUCGGAUUUGAAUGUGGGAACUUGCCUUCUAGCGAUGCUCUAGUGUUCUUCGUUGACUUUUCCGGCCUUCUACCUGUUGGCCUCUUUUCGAGACUGGUAGCGCGUCUUCUGCACUGGUGCGAUUGGAGAGAAGCCAGUCUCUUCAAAGAUCUCGCUGUUUUCCCACUCGACAGAGACCACGACCUGUUGCUCCGACUGCAUAGAACCAUCCCGGCUGAGAACAGAGACCGAAUUCAGGUGGUCAUACAAAGGACUCCAGUCGUGGAAGAGUGGAUGGGAAACAUUCCUCAACCGACUAUAUGUGAGAAGGUGCGGCACCUCGUGGAGUGUGAGCUGGAAGCACUUCGAAAGUCCUACUACUUCCGGUUAUCAUUUCGAAUGCUAGUCACGUGUCCUUGUAAAGGUCUUCACUGCAUGAGCCACGGAGCAAGGGACUGCCAAGACCAAGCGUGCCUUCAUUUCCUUUCGCUAGACGAGUGUCUGCUCAAGAAGUUGGUGUAUUGUGACUUCCGGAGGGUCCAUACAGACUUUGUUCGUCGCCAUUUUCCUCAUUCAACAGUAUAUGGGUCGCGUAUGUGCAGUGCUGGGAUACGCCGCUCAUCAAGCAUCAUCGCCUGGGAAGCUGAACGAGCGCCUUUAUCUAUGGGGAUGCCAAGUUUUGAAUGGGACGACCGCUAUGGAACGUUUCAGUGGGAGGAACCCCACUGGAUACGUGAAGCCGCGAAGCUUCUUGAAAAUGCCACCACUGGCAAGGAUUGGAUGGCCUUGGCUAAGAGGCUAGGUUACACGGACAAGGAAGUGUGUCAUUUUGUGGAGGAAGCAAAUCCUGGAGUGUCCUUGCUCAGAGAUUGGAGGGAGAGCAAUGGUGCUACACGAUACUGCAUGGAUGUCUUGGCUUCAUGCUUGCAACAAAUGGGACGUCAGGACAUAGCCAAGAUAAUUCAGGGUGAAAUCGAACCAGACACACUGGUGCCGCCGGUAUUCAUCAGCUACCAGUGGGACGCCCAGGAAACUGUGCUAAGCAUUCGGCAACACCUGGAAUUUGCGGGAUUCCCUUGCUGGAUGGACGUGGGACAGAUGGGCGGGGGUGAUUCUCUUUACGGGAAGAUCUACGAAGGGAUAAGCAGGGCAAAGGUCGUGUUAUGUUGCCUUACUCCUCGAUACGCAGCCUCACCGUCGUGUGCGAGGGAGGUGAGCUUAGCGGACGUACUUCGCAAGCCCAUUAUACCGAUCAUGGUCGAACCUACUCCUUGGCCACCACCUGGACCUCAGGCUUUAGUCAUGGGUUCGCUGGUUUACGUCGAUCUGUGCGGCGUUGGAGGACAUGGUGGAAGUGGACGUCUUGCUGACUGGGAGGCUCGCUUCCAGGAGAUCAUCAACAGGGUGGCGCACGUUCUGAGCGGGUCCCCAGCCACUCAAGGAUCCCGACCGCAGUCAAGUCACAAGAACUCUCUGGCUCCGCUCCUCGGUGCUCCGCCGAUCAAGGCAGCCACGCCGUCAGCACAAGGCAGCGCCAGUAACUCUGGCCCAAACGACGAAGAUGGGGAGCUGCCUUCCACGGCAUCUGGACCCUUGGACGACGAGCGGCAAUCUAAUAUGAGCCAUCCUGAGUCACUGGAAUCCUGGGAACGACCACGCCGUGCCAUCAACCGCGUGGUUCGGUGCUCCGUCUGCAGCUUGCUUUGAUGGGCCUGAUACCUAAUACUGAACCUUAUCAAAUUAUUGUCUACUACAGCCGCUCAACGUGAAACGGACAUUCGUCCUCAGGGAGGUCGACAGGAACCUCGUGUGUCCUGUUGAUAAUAUUGUGUUCCAUAGCUUGCAUACCUGAACAGCAAAAGGUGUGUCAUACCGUGCACGUCAUUCGGUAAUGGUUGUUGUUUCAGCAACGUUUGAAAUGAAGAAACGUUGCGUGGAGUGUUUAGUCGUUUCAGUCAUUUUUCCAUUUUGUCAUUUCUUGGGUUCUGUUCUAGGUGCGCGCUCAUGACUCGACGUACCCAAGAGUGGAAGUCGUUGAAGAUCGUAAAUGAGUGUUGCAGUACGUGGUUAUUUAUGUUUUAUGUACGAGUGUGUGUAUACUGUUGUGCUGAUGAAAUGUCGCAAUUGACACGAUCACCGGAUA